AUGAAAAACGAGGAAGGGUCGUCGGCGGAUGAGCUCGUGCUCCGACUGUAUGGCGUGGCCAAGACUCGGGUCAUGUACGACACGACGAACAUGGCCCACAACAAUAGCAACGCGCAGUCGUACACCCACCGAGAAAUGCUGACCGAGAAGAAGGAGUUCCUCUCGUACGAUGUCCAGCUAGCGGCUUUCGGCGGGAAGGCGGCGUCAGGGCGCCAUAGCUUCCCUUUCCAAGUGAUGCUUCCCCCGGGGCUGCCGCCAUCCAUGGAGGAGAACGGCUCCCAGGGAGGAAGCUGUGAGAUUGUCUAUGGCUUCGAGGCGCGGCUGCACCGACCAGGGAUGCUCCACUUCGACGCAAAGGGGAAAGCAAAGUUGAUCGUGUUGAGCAAACCACACGAGGCCAGCGCCGCAACGCCUGUGCUGGUGGGCCCAGCUACGCAGACGGUGAAGAAGUUAUGUUGCUUGAAGAGCGGGAGCAUGAGCAUUGGAUUCCAGGCGGACCACUCGGAGGUGGGGCUAAACGAAACCGUAGGGCUUACAGUCGUGGCCCGUAACGACAGUUCCGCUGAGGUGAAAACCAUGCACGUUGAGAUCAAGCAGGUGUCCACGUGGUUCGCCCGGGGCUACAAAGAGAGCAAGACUCGCACGGUUGCGGCGAUCGUCGUUCCGGGGACACAGCUCCGAGCAACCGAGAAAGGGAACCAGCGCGGGCGGAGCUCUGCCGUGAUAGCGGACACUGCGCGGGCGGACCUACAGGAGCAGCUCGGCGCUGGGGCCGGCACUCGCUACGACCUCUUGGUCCCCGGCAACAGCCUGCUCACCCUGCAGGCAGACCUCAUCGAGGUGAAGCACACGCUCAGUGUGAUGCUGAAGACCCCGCAUUGCAUCAGCUCGCCGGACGUCUGGACACCGCUGCUCGUGCACGCCGGCACCACCAAUGCCCCCGACGGGGUGCCCGGCGAAGGGUCGUUCGUGCCACACUCGGGCGAGGCUAUCCCGUUCGCCACCGGUCUUGACGACGAGGGGAACAUCAAGCCCGUAUCAGUGCCUCAAAGCGCCGUGACCAUGAAGUACACCAAUAACAUUUCCAAGUUUUAGUAGCUUCGGCGGGGACAUUGGGUGUGCCUGGCUGCCUUUUGUGCGUGUAGCGCUGAGGAACAUGCGUGGCGCCGGCGGCCAUGCAUAAGAGGUGGCAACAAUCCCUAUCGCUGCCGGGAUUGGGAGUGACACGGAGGAGAAACCCGCCGUAUUGUGCCGGGUACGAGCGGUCCGUUGACACGGCGAGAGAGAUGAACAUGACCAACUGCUCGUUUGGUGUGUGGCACGUUCAGCCCCAAACUGUUGUCGUUGUAAAUAGCUUCUGAUACUCUGGUGGCGUUGGCACCGGGAGGUUGGACGCUUUUAUUUUUUUAUUGUCAUACUUGUUGACUCUUACAUACGGCCUCCCUACUGCAAGUCAGCGCUAAAUGACAGCCCGGGCCUCGUUUUGCCUCUCGUUUCUCUUUUGUCAGAUGGUGUGUACGGUGUUAUCUGUGCUUUCCACAUAUAAGCGUGCCAAAUACUUUGUUAUGUGACUUGCACGUCGCGAACUCCGCAGCAGCUACCCGGGCAUCCUCAGGUGCUCACGCCUUGUUCUGCCUGGCUCGCGUUGUAGGAGUUGCUAAACGCGUGAUUUCGUUUGCUUUUUGUCGACUUGAGUCCAUGGCGUGCGGGAUCAUGGGCAGGGAAGUAUUUGUUGUGCGGCAGUGUUGUGAGGGCGCAUUGCUGUUCUUUUAAGCGGCGUAGUUUGUAUCCGCAUCUGUGCUUCCUGGCACUUUCACGAGUUUACGCGCAGAUUUGCGGGGCCUCUAUGGAGGGGCCUGUCAUUCACGAAGCCAUUUCCGGCAGGUCGAGGUGUUCAUACGCUCUCAGUUCGUUGUUCCCCCCCCCCCUUCUUUUUUUUUCGUUUUUCGAUUCGAACCAUUAUUGUUUCAAGUCGGGCAAGGUGGAGAGCUUGCCAUUGGUCGUUUUGGUGUUGCUGUGCGGUGAGCUUUGCAACCGAGACCACGACAGUGGGGGGUUUACUCGCCUUGUGCGCUAGUCAUGUAUGUACCCUAGAUGAUUUCGUAGCCUUCCGAGGUUUUCUCGUCUCGAGCAAGAGAAGCAUAGAUAGACACGAAUAAGCUUUUGAUCGUACUAGCUCGCGCCAUGAAGGAUGUGAGUCGCGUCAAGCGCAAUGCCAGUUCCAAGAGAUUUGAUAUUUUGCCCCGAGGCACUCCUUCAC